AUGUCGACUAUGGUAGCCCACCCUUACGUCAACCACACACCCAACUUGUCCCCAUCUCGCGCACCAUCGGAACAGAUCGCAUCAUCGAUGAAAUGGUCUUCACAUGCACACAUACCACUAGGCGUCCCACCCACCGGUAAAAGACUCCGCAUUCCAAUGGUCGGCAUUGUCAACCUCAGAGGAGAUAAAUUGGCGUAUGGAAGUCUCUAUUGGGAUCAAGCAAAUGCGCUGGUUCAGCUCGGAUUGCUGGAUCCUAUCAAAAGCUCACUCAAGGAAGGUGUCAAGCUACCAAUUGCAGGAGACGAGGUGGCUCAGAAGAUCUUGCACCCCUACGGCCUCCCUUCCAACGAGUUGAUGCUCAACUGGAGCGAGAGCGAAGGCAAAGCUAUUCCCGCAAGUGCCGCCAAGUCUGAGGCAAGUGCCGCCAAGUCUGAGGCAAGUGCCGCCAAGUCUAAGACAUAG